AUGGGUUGUUGUGCCUUAGUGAAGCGAGCCGCUAUCGGUGCCAUAAUUGGGAUCAUUUUGACGGUCAUUGCGAUCAUCUUGAUCUUCCCGUUUGUCGCUGUUUCCUUUGUUUAUUCAAAGGAUUUGAAAGACUACAACACAUGUAUCUCUGAUUAUACUCUUGAAGACAUGGAUAUCUAUCACUUUGUCUAUGAGUCGGGCUAUUGGUUCGCUUUGUUGAAUGUCGUCUUUUUGGCGGGUGUCGCCAUCAUGACGAUUUUAUCAUUCAUUCCAUGUGUUGGGUGUAUUGGAUGGAUUAUUACAUGCCCAGCCGCUUGUGGAUGCAUCCCAUUCAUUGUCAUCGGAUCGUUGUGCUUGGUUUGGGGAACAGGAAUGUCUGUUGACACAUGGCAGAACCAACAGAAGUAUUGCUUUGAAAAGACGUACAACUGUUGCUUCAAUGAAACCGGGUGUGUUGUCCCAGACUGGUCUGAUUACUCCGAAAGUUCAAAUCAACCAGAGAAACAACUCACAGAAGAAGCUUCACAAAGUUCGAGUGGAAUGGUUCUCUGUGGUGAAAAGCCAAUGGAAGAUAACGACUUCUCUGUCACGUUAAUUGCAGUAUCUUUGAUUUGCGGUGGAUUCUUCAUGGCGUGCUAUCCCACAAUCACUGGUUCAACUUCAAGCAGCGAGAUUAAGACUGGAAAGAAAAAAGAGUACGAAGCUCUUGGAUAA